CGUGUACCUACUUUACUAGUCACACGAUUUUUAUACAGCUGAUAUUUAUGGGUAUAAAUAUAUAAAUAUCCUUUAAAAAUGACUUCAGAAGACAGUAAAGAAUAUAUGGCGAAGACAGAGGUCCAUCAGUUAUUCGAGGGAAUGCUGACUGGACUUUUGUAUCACAAACCAGAAGAUCACCUAGCAUACUUGGAGCAAUGUAUUUCUGUUGCCAAAAAUGAAAAGAAUAACAUAAAAUGGAAUACUUUUCUGGACCUGGACAAGAAGCCUCUUCCACCCAUACCUAAGGGUGAUGGACCACUUCGAUCUGAGGGACAAGAUUUGCAUACAUUUCAAACUGAACCAGGUGCCGAGAUAAAGACCAAGCCACCUCUUCCUCCAAUUGGCAUGCAGGGUCAUAGUAUUGACCUUGAUGAUGAAAAAGAUUUGACCGAAAAAAAUAUUAUUACUCCGGAGGAUUCCGAAGAAGAAGAAGAAGUGGAAGUUGAGUUUUCAGGCCAAAGGAUUGUUUAUGUCUUAGGUGGCCCAGGAGCUGGCAAAGGAACAAUUUGUGAUCAUAUUGUCAAGAAAUACAACUAUUGUCACCUCUCUGCUGGCAAUCUCUUGAGAAAUGAGGUAUCUAAGGGUAACGAACGAGGCCAUAUGAUCCAAGAAGUAAUGGCGGACGGCAAGCUGGUUCCCCAGGAGAUUACCAUAGCCCUUUUACGAGAUGCCAUGCGAGAGCAUACUGAUGCACCUGGGUUCUUGAUUGAUGGGUUUCCUAGAGAGAUAAGUCAGGGAGAACAAUUUGAGCGAGAGGUUGUGGACAGUGAUUUUGUGCUGUCCUUGGAGUGCACCGAGGAAGUCAUGCAAGAAAGAUUACUCAAACGAGCUGAGACAAGCGGUCGCGUUGACGAUAAUCUUGAAACGAUCAAGAAAAGAUUCACAACGUUCGUAGAGAAGACGUUGCCUGUUAUCGAGCAUUAUGAAACACAAGGGAAAGCACAUAGGAUCGACGCUAAUCGAAGUGUUGACGAGGUAUGCAUGGAUGUUUGUCGAAUAUUUGAUGGACUGCCGCCAAAAGUCAAGAAAACUGUCCGACGAAAAAAGAAGAAAGUUGUGCAAAGCAAAGAACAGGAGGAAGAAGAAUGGGAGGAUUUCAGUGGACAACGCAUCGUCUUCGUCCUUGGAGGGCCUGGUUCGGGUAAAGGAACCCAGUGUGCACGUAUUGUUGAUAAGUUUGGGUACACACAUCUAUCCACCGGAGAUCUCCUGAGGAACGAGGUGCAAUCUGAGUCAACUCGAGGAAAAACUAUUGCAGAAAUAAUGGAGAAGGGUGAACUAGUACCCAAUGGUAUUAUUCUUGAGCUGUUACGUCAAACCAUGGUGAAGCAGCCCAACACCAAAGGCUUUCUUGUGGAUGGAUUUCCAAGGGAGUUAGACCAGGGACUUGAGUUCGAGAAGGAGCUCGCACCCKGUGAGUUUUUGUUGUAUUUUGAGUGCUCGUCUAACACCAUGAAGGCGAGGCUGCUGAAACGAGGAGAGACUGGGGAUAGAGCAGAUGACAACGAAGAGACGAUCAGCAGUCGGCUGGGAGUGUUCGAAGAGCAGACUCUGCCGGUCAUACAACAUUAUGAAGAAGAAGGGAAAGUCAAAAAGAUCUCUGCUGAAGGAAAUGUAGACGACGUAUUUGAAGAGGUGUCGAAAAUCUUUGAGUCCCUUCCGUCCAGAAAAGCAGCUACGAUUCACGACUUUGAAAUCGUGUUUGUAAUUGGGGGUCCAGGUACAGGUAGAUCAGAGUUGUGUAAGCUGUUGACAGAAAAGUCAGGUCGUACGCACAUCUCGGUUGGACAGCUAUUGCGAGCAGAAGCAAGUAAUGACACAGAUAGAGGGAAAGAAGUCGCUAGUGCCGUUUCAGUUGGGACGCUUGUCUCGGCGGAGCACGUGCUGGCGGUUCUAACCGAGAAACUUACACACGAGGAAAAGAACUUUACAGGAUAUGUUAUUGACGGCUUUCCAAGAACGGAAGAACAGCUGAAAAACUUCACUGAGAGGGUGUCAGACUUUAGUCACGUGAUCGUCCUCGACAGCACAGAGGGAGAGAUGAGCACACGAGCCAAAGAACAACUUACAGGAGUAGAAGGCGAAGAGGAUCGCCUCAAAACAAGACUCGAAGUCUACAUAGAAAAUACCAAGAAAAUGGUCGACGACGUCUUAGAAGAUGAAAGAAUUAUUAAG